AUGAUCAUGCGGAACACGAUUCUCUGGCUCCUUGGGGCCUCGGCGGUUCUAGCUGACUACCCUCGUAUGCCGAGAAGCGUGGGCGGGCCAGGAAACGGAACUGCCAUCUUCAACGCAUCCUCUAGCGCUGUGCCAUCGAUCCUCGCCUCGACCAAGACUACCCCCUCAGCGGUUACACUGGUUUCUGUUACUACUGAUUCCACAUCACACACUGCUGCAUCGAAUACGGUUGUACCGUCCCACACAUCUUCUGAAUACCAGUUUCCUUCCGAUAGGCUUGGGCCCAUCGCCACACUUCAGCCAUCACUCCCCGAAUAUCACAACGUCUACGAUGUGGAGCACCUCAGUCCCCAUGAGAAGGGGACCGGUGCCCCUCUACACUAUGUACAACCUUCCUCGGAAAAUUCUGGUGGGAUAUUCGCUGUCGCAGUUCCCAGGUGGUUGUACCCGUCUGUGGUUCUCGACCACUCCGGCCUCAUCGUCGACGUGAAUAUGAACCAUAACCGAGAGCUCGUUAUGAUCUUCGCCAGCAAAGACGCCUUCGACCACGGUGUAGACCGUUGGGUUGGCAGCGACAUCAUCUUCGUCUCCUACACCGAGGACUGCGGCGACCACAAGCUCGGCGAGCGGUGCUACUUCCACGCUAAGGAAGUCGCCUUCGACCUCGCGUCUCUGUCUGCCCGCGCCCAGGGUGAGGCCGUCCGCAUCCAGGACCUCGUCGAGGAUAUCAACCUCGCCUGGGGCAACUACGGCCAAUCCUACACCGUUGCCGUCGCCCCCACUGCGACCUCCAACACCGCGGUCAUCCCCUCUCCCACAAGCCUCUCCCUUGACGACCAGACCGCUGCGUGCGUGGCGCCUGUCGAUACCAAGUACAAGCUUCCCACUGUUUGUACCGGACCAGACUUUGACAGUGAGCUCGAUACUGGUCUUGGUAUUUUCCGUGCCAGCGAAGUCGCUGGUACCGCUGAGGCGCUUCUAGAAUUGGAAGCCGAUGAUGUGGCUGUUUCCAAGAGAGCAGAGAAGAGGGGUCUGCUUGGCGACAUCAAGGACAAGACAAAGAAAAAGGCGGAGGAGCUUCGAGCCAAGUUCAUUAAAACUGCUGGGGAUACCAAGAAAACAGUGUUCGCGAAGGGGAAAGCAGUGGCAGAGACGCUUCAGAAGGGCGCAAAUAUUGCCAAAAAGACGUUCGAGACUGUUAAGAAUGUCUGGGAGGGCAAGCCCAAUGAUUUCAAGCUGAAAAAGAAGGAGCUCCUGCUACCGCUGCCCAAAAAGGAUUGCGAGGAGAAGGCCAAGAGCAAGGACCCCAAGGAGAGGGAAAGUAUAAAAAAUGCCUGCAAGGCCAAGAGCGAGUCCAAGGCCAAAGGGGUAGAGAGCCCAUGGGGGGAGAAUGCACUGCUCAUCAAGUCCAUUGGCAACGCUCCCAAGGACUUCAACCUUCGCCCGGAAGGCAGUAGGAGGCAGACGACUGUUAAUAAGGGCAAGUUUAUUAACUUCUACUGCGUCAAUUGCGGUGUCAAGGGUUCCCUGGAGAUGGCCGGCAAUGUCACCAUCAAUGGGCUCAAGGGUAUCACAGAUGGCAAGGUUGAAGGUAUCAUCAACCUCUCCAUUGGCCUCGGCCUCGGCAUUUAUGCGCAGCAUACGCUUGAGAACACGUUUACCAAGGACCUCUAUGACAUCCCAAUCUCACCCUUUACUAUCGGGUUCGCCACUAUUGGCCCGAUGCUUUCAAUCGGCACUGAGAUGAAGUACAGCAUCAAUAUGGAAGGCUCGGUUCUGGCCCGCGGCGAUGUCAAGUUCACCGAGGCCAGGUUCCAUUACGACUACAAGUCAGGCCGCAUUGGUUCCAGCGCCUUCAAGCCUGAAUUCGUCCCAAGCUUUGCAGCUGAGGGAUCGGUCACACUGGCUGCGCAAUUUGGCGUUCCCCUGGGUCUUGAUGUCGGCCUCACUUUCUUCAGCGGGUGUACUUACUGCAAAGGCAGUAUCGGUAUUGCCACCACCCCAUCGAUUAAGGCGGCGGCCACGGUUGCUGUCGAGGCCUCUGGGAAUGCAACCAUCCCCAUUUCUGGCACGGAAAAGGGAAAAGUGGUCGCCAAGAACCUGGACGCCGGACUCAAGGCGGUCAAUAACUGCACUGGUAUUUCUACCACUAUUUCCGUGCGCAAUGAGGUCGCAGGCAAGCUCAAGGGCUUUGGCUUAGUCAAGAAGGACUGGAAACUGUACGAGACUCCUAACUACAUCCUUGCUUCGUACUGCAUUGGCAACAAGACAGAUGGCACUUCCAAGGGCCGCAUCGGCUGGCAAGGCGCCGCGGACGACAAGACCAAGACGCGGUCACUCAUUGGCGAGAUCUCAGAGGGUCUUGACGAGCUGGAGGCUCGGCAGGAAUCCGUGAGUGGCGCCGACGAGGAGUCUUACGAUCUGACUGAAUAUGUCGUUGAAGAAAUCGACCAAGUAGAUUUCAAUAAGGCUACCAUUAUCGACACUCCCUAUAAGCUUAGCGAUGAAGAGUUUGAGGGUUUCUGGUUCUCUACAAUCAGCGUCAAUGAUGACAAUGAUCACUCUUAUGUACUGGCUGCCUGCAAUGAUGGCAAUGUUUACGUACAGAAGAAUUCGACCGUCAAUGACCUCCCAUGGCACAUGACUUGCACCACACUAUGGGCAGGUCUUGACGAAACGGUGCUACAGUCUCCUGGUGGUGGUAUGCUGCACUAUUAUAAUAACACCAUGUCUGUUGUGGGCGUCAGUCGUCUUCGCUUCACGGAUGAAGAAACCGUUCCUGGAGGAUCCGUCUAUGUCGGCCUCGUUCCGUUUUACUACGGCGAUGAAGACGGUGAUAAUGCUGGCCCUAGCAUGCUGGCAGCCGUUGAUCAGGAUGAUAAUCUCCUCUUCCCUGCCAUUUGCACGUACAAAGACGGCCAAGGAGCCAAAAUCUAUCUUAUUGGGGAGGACACAGAAGCCGGUCUGGCGAUUCUGGAGUCUCCAGGUGUCAAGUACAGCAUCACCAAUGGUGAUGUCGAUAAAUGUAACUUGCUUCUGCUCAGCGUAACCACGCCUAUUGAUGGCGCCUGGUCCGAGUAUGAUGAUGAUGCCGAGGCCAAGUACAAGGCGGACCCCCUCGAGUAUGGCUUCGAUGAAUCGCUCUUUGGCCAGGACAACCUGCUUGACCUCCCUGACACUCUCUUGGAUUCUGAUGAUGAGCGGCUGGCGGAUUUAGACCAUGUAUGGGAUGACGAAUGGUUUGGCGAGGACUUGGAUAUCCUUGAGGAUGAUCUGGACUGGUUGGAUGAUCUUGAAUAA